GUGGCAAGGAAGUGUUUCUUUCACCGUGUCGAUUAGAACGUUCCCUGAAUGGUUAGGUGUUGGAUCCCAUUCUAGCCCUGUGGGAAAUAAGGGCUCUGAGCACAAACUUCCCGAGUCACCCUAGUCGAAACCCAUUGCGGCAGUGAGCCUGGCGACGGUUUUAGGAAAGACGGACUCUGACGGCCCUCCUCAAAUAAUCACUGUUGCAUCCUCCGCAGCGCUGCUGUUACUACUCGGAGCAUCACUCAUCUCCUUAGUGUCCUGGCCAGUGGUGGACACGACCCAACACAGCGGUGAUUGGUUCCACGGUUGCCAAGGACACCAGGCAACAUGGUUGACCAGUUCUCGUCGCUCGACAUCUACAUUGUGUGUGUGUUCGUUAGUGGGCCGCUGGCGGCUAUCAUUCUCUCGUUCAUCGUUUCCUUCUUCUUAAUACGCUGUUCAAGCAAACGCCACGCCGAGGCUCUGACAUUUGAAAACCCGGUCAAGAAUCGCACUAAAGACCAGAACAUCCUGGACACGGACGUGAGCUUCACCAGCUCGCAGCCGAAAUCUCAACAACGCAGAGCUCAACCGCCGAUACCGGACUCUGCCUCCUACCCGUCCUCAUCGGCACAGCAGCAGCGUCCCGGAUCCAAUGCACCGCCGCCUCUACCGGCCGGGCCCCUGCAGCCGAACCGCUACCCGGACUUCAACAACCAGGCUGGCUCGCACAACACGAUGCUACACGUGAACGCGAAUGCACCUCCGCUGCCCAACACCCCACCGCCGGGCAAGAUGUCGCCGCGGCACUCGUCUUCGUCCGCCUGGGACACGCACAGCACCACCACCCACGUGCCACCGUUGCCCGGUGGUCCCCACGACUUCGGCGGCGACACAUACGACAUGGCGGAGAUGAACGCACACCGCCAGCAGCGCCAAUUCGAGCACGAGCACCAGCAGCAGCAGCAGCAUCACCAUGGUAACGUUGCCGAUAUAUACGACAUGGCCGAGCGUCAGGAGAUGGCCGAGGCCGACAAUUACGACAUGACCGGCUGAUCCUGCCCUCGUAAUUAUUGUGCUCGUUUAUUGUGCUGCAUGUGUCUGAUUGGUGCUUGCUCAUCCGGCUGUGGUGAUGAUCUGAGUGUUCGCCUUUGUUGGCGUAGGUAGGGUAUCUAGCAACUCUGUGUGCGUGCGUGUGUGUGUGUGUCGCACACUGUUAUCUGUCCACUUGUUCGCCGUUCCUCGACACACACAUACACGCACAUACGCGCGUGCACACACACAUACACCCACACACACACUCUCUUUUUUUCUAUCUUUCUCUGGUUUAUCUUAGAGCCACUAAACAACUGCAUUUGGGGUGUAUGUUAUGUGUGCAUAUCCAAAACACUGAGAUAUUGAUAUUUAUUUUCUGAGGACCCUGCACUUUAACUAGAUAGUACGUACCGCGUCUGUUUACGUUGUUUUGUUCAAAUUCUUUGGCCUUCAUAUUUUCGCGUGCGUUCAUUAUUGACGCUUCUGUGGUCGAUGUUGGCGACGUCGCUUGGUGCUGUAUUUCCCGACGGGAAUCGUUUAGAGGGUCGCGAAUCGCCGAGAGCCGUGGCUCACUCGUGUGAUAUUAGUCCUGAAGUAUAUAGUUAUGACCAAUUGUGUCUAGCUCUAGGUUUAGCUCAGUUAGCGGCAAAUCGAUUUUGACAUUUCUUCCCUUUAUGUGUGUGUUUAUCGAUUGUGUAUUUCAUGUACUGUCCUAUUUUGUGUAUUUGUGUACUACUUCAAGUAGAUCUA